UUGUUUGUAGAAUUAUGCAAGGAGAAUGAAGAAUUUUCAAAUUGUCCAGAGUUUAACCGUCAGUGUGAAGCAUCUUGUGAUUGGACAGAAUUUCCAGAAACUAUUCCAAAUUGUCCACGUACAUGUGGUACCCCAAAAUGUGUCUGUAAAGAAGGAUUUGUUCGAUUAUCAAGUGAUAAUGAUACUUGCGUACAGUUUCAUUUUUGUUCUGCAGAGUGUGGCGUUGCUUGUGAGCCAACAUGUGAAAAUAUGUAUGACACAUCACCUUGUCCAGCAACAUGCAAUGAACCUGCUUGUACCUGCGCAGAUAAUUAUGUAAGAUAUCAAGAAAAAUGUAUAUUUUGGGGUGAUUGUCCAAAUCUUGAACAACGAUUUGCAUCUAAUAUUUCUCCAUCAUCAAUCGUAAAAGAUGGCAUAGUUGGAACAGUACCACUACACGUGAAAAAUAAUGCUGAUACAAGGGAUAGUGAUUCCUUGAAUGGAUCAGAAUCGAUAACAACAGAAACUCCAUCAAUUAUUAAUGAAAUUGAAAAGAUCGUGGAUAAUAGCUUGACGUGUGGAAUUAAUGAAACUAUUAAUGAAUGUGGCCGAGCUUGUGAACCAAAUUGUAACAACAUUUAUUCUCGUGAAAAGUGUACAGAAUGUUGGCAGCCUUCUUGUGCAUGCAUUCACGGUUACACUCGUACAAAGGAUCGAUGUGUUUACUGGGGCGAUUGUCCACCUGAAUCACGCCGCGGAGCAAAUAAUCGGCAACAUAUUACUCAGUCAGUUCAAGCAGUACCGAAAACUUCAACAAUUAGCAUUGCUGAAUCCAUCGAUGCACUAGACUCGACAAAUUUUGUAGCAUUACAAAAUGGAAGUAAAACUUCUGAAUCGAAAUACUCGAAUAGCAAAGCAGCACAGUCAACUGUUAAAAAUAGCACUAACAUCAAAUCACAAAAUUUAUCGACCACAGUACCUACGUUGCGGUCAGAAACUGAUGUUUCUGGUGAUGUCUGCUACGGUGAUUGGAGAUGGCCUCCUGGUUGUCGUGAUUGUGAUUAUCGAAUUUCAUGGAAUUAUUUGGAUGAUACAGACGAAAUUGAAUUCUCAGUUGAAACUCACGCACCUUCAAAUUGGUGGACAGGUGUUGGAUUUUCACCUACUGGUACAAUGGUGGAAGCUGACUUAAUAAUUGUAAAAAGUAAAAAUGGUCAAUUAUCACUUCAUGACAUGUAUAGCACGGGAAAUGGCGUACCACGAGAAGAUAGUAAACAAGAUGUAUAUACUCCAACAGUAAUUGGAACACAUGUAAAUGGCGUACUUCGAGCUCAGUUUACUCGGAAACGUGAUACUGGAGAUAGGAAAGCAGAUCAUCAUUUCUCAGAAACAAAUUGUUACAAAUUCUUGUUUCCGGUAUCCGGUGGACGAUUAGAACCGAAUGGUCAAAUAUCGAGGCAUAUUGCCACACCUGAAGUUUCAAAGAAUAAAAUUUGCAUACAGAGUUGUACUGCUCCUCAAGACCUUCAACCGACAAGCUCAUGUGAAAUGGAAUAUCGUUAUCCAACGGGUUGCGAAGGUCCUACAUGUGAUUACGUGGCAAAAUGGGAAUAUAAUAUAGCUCGCAAAGAUGUCAAAUUUGAAAUAUCUUCGAAAGAAUUGGGUCGUUGGACGGGUAUUGGCUUUUCACGUGACGGUCAAAUGGCCAACUCCGAUAUUUAUAUUGGAUGGGUUUUUGAGGGUAAAGCAUAUGUGACUGAUCGAUUUGCUUAUGGACGUCAGCUUCCAGCUAUCGAUCCCGCUGAUCGUCAAGAUAUUUAUGAGAUUAGUGGCAAAGAGGAAGAUGAUGUUCAGACGAUAACAUUUCGUCGAAAAGUCCUACCAGCUGAUACCAUAACAGAUUUCCCGCUAAACAAGUGUUACUAUUAUUUGUUUCCAAUAGGUGGAGGACGAGUUUUAGCGCGAAAAAGUGAAGACUUUCGUAAUGCGAAAACACCAAUUGGUUAUCAUGAUCUUUAUCAGCCUAAAGUUUCACGCACCAAAAUUUGCAUUUGUGAUCAAAACGGUGUUUCAAUUGCUUUCGAUGAUGCACCACCAGCAGUGCGGAAUCGUCGUCAGACAAGUGAAAUGGAUAUUCCGUUCAGACAUAAGCUACACUUGCAAGAUCCAUUUGAAGUUCAGAUUGAUCCUUUUGCAGGAUUUGAUAAAGAAUCGGAAUUAGAUUUUCCGAUCGACGAAAAAAAGAUAAAAUUAAAGAACGAAGCAGUACCAGAUCAUUUGCCUCUUGAAAUCAAGAAACUUGCUACUGCUGCUGAAAUCACUUUGUCGACUUCAAGUUCUAUCGCUGAUCAGUCAGCAGUUCAGAAAAGCACUGCUUGGUUGCUAAAUUCAACGUCAAAUUCUUCAAAUGCAGAUUUACUGGAAUCUAAAUUACACUUGAAACCGGAACCGUCUUCUGGUUUUGGUCCUGUUGUAAGCAAUCUUCCAACUAUACCUGAAGCCGAACUCGGGCCAUCAAUAAUAUUUACAUCUCCGGAACCAGAAACGAAUCCACAACAGUCAAAGAGCGUUUCAGAAAGCAAAAAUGGUAACUUUCGAAUAAAAAGAUGCAGCAAUAUUCAAGUUUUAUGUAAUCAUCCUUUGGAUUGCGUUGAUGUAGUGAUAGGAUCAGUAAUUAAUGGCAUGUCGCGUGUACGUGAUUACUAUUCAGUUUCACAUGCUAGACCACAAUUGGAUGAGUUUUUCGGUGGGCAGAAUUCGUUAACUUCCGCUUCUGCUUAUUAUCAUAAUGGCAUUACAACAGUUGUUUUCCGAAAGCCUUUAGAAGCAUUUGAUAAUGCUGAUCAAGCAAUAACAUCAGGAGAAACUACAGUGAUUUGGGCAAAAGGUAUGAAGGAACUGAAUUUCGUGUCGUCAGCAGAAGAUGUCAUUUUCCGAGAUGACAUAACGAAAAUGGUUGAUUUCUAUCUAGAAGAUAAUUUCGAUCAAAAGGAAAUUAUCGACAAAGAUGGUUAUGGGUUGUUUGUGACGAAUUUCUUUGUCAAUUGUACCGCUGCAAACUGUGAUUACAAAGUGCAUUGGUCGACAAAAGGAAAAACAAUAACUUUUUCAUUGUCUGCUAAAAUUCCAACAGAUCAUUGGACCGGUAUUGGUUUUUCACAUGAUGGAUCAAUGGUGCGAGCAGAUGUCAUUGUUAUCAGCGUACUAGACGAAAAAACAAUAAAAGUCUUGGACAUGUAUUUCUCAGAUUAUAAUCGACCAACUGUCGAUACUGAGCAGGACUUAUUUGAUAUUCAAACUUCAUAUGAUAAUGGUCAUGUUUAUGCAAAUUUCUCCCGUUAUUUGGUAUCGACUGAUGACAACGAUAUUUCAGUUGACCACUGUGUCUAUUUUAUAUAUUUAAUUAAUAGCGGAGAGUUGGAUAAAGAUACAAAAGCCGUACAUGAGCAUGCUGAAAUGCCAGUUUCUUCAAGAAAGAAAAUUUGCCCUAUGGCAUGUGUCCAUAAUUUAGCUUCUAAAAAAACAGCACAGCACGAUAUAAUAUUGAAUUCGUCUGUUUUACCAGAAGAAUCAAUUACUGCAAAAAGUGUUGCAUACGAUGUGGUGUUACGGAUUUGGAAUCGAGAAUGGAAUCCAGCGUAUAUGAGUCGAAAUACUCGAGAAUUCCAUGAACUAGCUGCGGAAGUUAAUGCUAUGGUAAAAACAAAAUUUCCACAGAUGAGAGUGGUUGAAAUACAAAAGUUCAGCAAAGGUAGCGUGUUGGUUUUCAUGACGCUUUUCUCAGAAGAUAAACCUCUACCAAGUGAACACGAAUUGAAAGAAUAUCUAAACAAGCAAAGUGCGCUUCAAACAUCAGAAUCAUUGCAGUUUGAAGCAACAUCUAUUGUACAAAAAAAGACAGAAAAAGAAACAUCAAUAAAAGCAGAUCAAAUUCGAAACUGGAUAGUUUUGGGUAUAGGUGUAUCAUUAUUCCUUAUUGCAACUUUCCUUGCGUGUUGUAUUAUCAGCCGAUCACGUAAGGUACAAUCUGUUCAUUGUAGAAUCUAUGAUUUAGUUGCUGUACUACCGAUAGAUGCUAAGAAAAAUCCAGGAGGAGGUUUUGAAAAUGCUGCAUAUCAAUCUACCCAUAGUAGACAAUUUUCACAAGCAACAACAGCUUCACAAAAUGGUACAAACAAAGGAUCACCUAAUGUUUUAGAGGAUAGUCCGAAGGGUGUUGGCGAGACCACUUAUCAAGAAUGGUUUUCCAAAGUUGCUUCUAAGCCUGGAGUACAACAGCAUGAAGAAACUUCAUUUCCAUCACCGUCUUUGCGUUCUCCAAUUUCUCGGCAAUCAUUUAGUGGACCAAGUUAUGUAUCUCAUGCUCAAGAUGUUGCUAACACUUUCUAUGGAGACGUGAGAUUAGCAGCACCUGGAUACUAUCGACCUUAUUGA